GUUGGAUUUUAAAAAAGAACAUAAUUCACUUACUCCCAAGAUGAAUGAUGAGGAGGUUACUUACACAACUGUGAGAUUCCAUAAAUCUUCAGGGUUGCAGAAUGGAGGAAGGUCUGAUGAGACUCAAGGGCCCAGAGAAGCUGGCCAUAGAAAGUGUUCAGUUCCUUGGCACCUCAUUGCAAUACCCCUGGGAGUCCUUUGUUCCAUUCUGCUGGUGAUAGGUGCAGUGUUGGUGAAACAGGUUUUUCAGUAUAGUCAAGAAAAACGUGAAUUGCAGAAAACUCUAAAUAAUCUCCAUCAAGAGUACAGCACCAUGCAAAAUGAGAGCUACUUAAGGGAAGAAAUGUUAAGAAAUAAGUCUAAACAGUAUGAUGCCCUCAAAGACCAUCUGGCCUCUCUCAACAGAAAAGAGAACAGACGCUAUGGGGAAACUAAUGUUUUAGAUUGCAUACAGCGCACAGGCACAAAUGUUGAAGGACACUGGUUCUGCUAUGACGUAAAAUGUUAUUUCAUCAUGGACAAUAAACACUGGAGUGGAUGUAAUCAGACCUGCCAGGGCUGCAGCUUAUCCCUUUUGAAGAUAGAUGAUUACAAUGAACUGAAGUUCCUAAAUUCCCGGCUUACUAAAAACAGUUACUGGAUUGGAUUAAAAUAUGAUGAGAGGAGUCAGAAAUGGCAAUGGAUUGGCGAUGGCCCAUCUAAAGUUAAUUUGACAACAAUGAAAUCAAUAAAGGAAAGUGGAAUCUGUGCAUUUCUCAGUUUUGGAGGUAUACGUCAUGAUGACUGUGGCAUAAAGCACCCCUGUGUCUGUGAAAGGAGAAUGGAUAAAUUUCCUGAAUCAGUUUGCAAUAUAAAGAAAGAUUCUGCCUUUUCUCUUGGAGCUCUGAGGGGAUCAGUCCAGGGAAGUUCAAUUUGUCUCCCAGCUGGGGGAUCAGUUCCCUGCACCAAAAUCACUUCUGGGUCCAGACACAGAAAUCACUCAAGGUCAGGUUGUAACACAGACCGUACUUCACUUACUCCCAAGAUGAGUGAUGAGAUUACUUACACAACUGUGAGGUUCCAUAAGUCUUCUUCAGAGCUGCAGAAUAAAGAAAGGCCUGAUGAGACUCAAGGGUCCAGAGAAGCUGGCCACAGAGAGUGGUCAGUCCCUUGGCACCUCACUGCAAUACCUCUGGGAAUCCUUUGUUCCAUUCUGCUGGUGAUAAUUGCCGUGUUGGUGAAAAACAUUUUUCAGUAUACUCAAGAAAAACAUGAAUUGCAGAAAGCUCUAAAUAAUCUCCAUCAAGAGUACAGCACCAUGCAAAAUGUGAGCUACUUAAUGGAAGAAAUGUGGAAAAAUAAGUCUAAAGAGUAUGAUGCCUGCAAAGACCAUCUGGCCUCCAUCAACAGGAAACAGAAUAGAAUCUAUGGGGAAACUAAUGUUGUUUUAGAUUGCAAGCAGCUCACAGGCAGACGUGUUGAAGGACACUGGUUCUGCACUGACAUAAAAUGUUAUUAUUUCAUCAUGGACAAUAAACGCUGGAGUGGAUGUAAACAGACCUGCCAGAAUUGCAGUUUAUCCCUUUUGAAUAUAGAGGAUAAUGAUGAAUUGAAGUUCCUUCAGCUCCAAAUUAAGCCGAACAGUUACUGGAUUGGAUUAUCAUAUAUUACAACAGAAAGCAAAUGGCAAUGGAUUGGCGAUGGCCCAUCUAAACUUGACAUGAACACAGUGAAAUUGAAUCAUAAUACUGGAAGAUGUGCAUUUUUAUCUAGAACAAGACUAGAUAAUGAUAACUGUGAUCAACUCUACCCCUGUAUCUGUAAGAAGAGACUGGAUAAAUUCCCUGAUUCACUCUUUAGCAGAAGCUAAAUGCAAAAUGGAAUGUGCUGACCCUCAUUUGUUUUCUGUAAUAAUUUAUGACUCCUUACGAACAAGUGUUUUGAUCACAGGACUUGGCUCUCUGUGUAAACAGAGAGAUGAGCUGGAAGAGGUUGAAAAUAUUCUCUGAAAUCUGACUUGGCAUAGCAGAGGCCAUCUUUCUUCCUGGAAGACACAGAACACAUCUACUCUGCUGCAUGGACACCAUUUGUCUCAAGCCCUGAAGAAUCUGUGCUUUCUGUUUACUUAAAUACCCAUAGAACUAAAUAAAGAACCCUAAAAAAUAGCUUGACAAUUUCAUUAUCAAUAGGAUAAAUCAUCUCAAUUGAAAGCACAAUUAAAAACUACAGUGUAGUUAUAAGCUUCAAUUUCUUAGUUGUUAGUUGAUUGCUGUUCUGUUUUAUUUUGUGUGUUUUGUUUCAUGUAGAAGUUUUCUUCAUUGUUAUAAACAUAUCAUUUGGCCAUGAUGUAUAAUUUCAAAUUUGGUGAACAUUUACAAGGAUAGUUCAAGGAAUUAUAUUUUAUCUAAGACAUCAGUUUAUCCCAUCCUUCUUUAAACCAUGUAUGAUAAGUUAAGGCCUUGUAGAAAUGGUGGUAAUAACUGAAGUUGGCUAGAUGUAGUGGCUUACCCUUGUAAUCUUAGCAAUUAGGAGGCUAAGACAAGAUUGCUGAAAAAAUUAAUACAGUGAGAGCCUGUGUCAAGGAAUCAAACAACCCAAACAAAAUUGAGCCCCAAAAGUUCCUAAGUAUUUUCCAGGGACAACACUUUAUCUUAUACAACCAUAUCCAAGUAAUCACUCAGGACAUUUAGUAUUGAUACAGUAAUUUGUUCUAAUCUAAGAUCAUGUAUUCAUCUACUGAGGGAUAAUGUCAUUCUAGGUAUUUUCUCCAUGUUCAGUUUCACAUGCAUUCAAUGCUGGUAUCAUUUUUGUGUUUUUUGUAUUUUUUUUUAUGUUUUCU